ACUCAGAGAAGCGCCGUCGAGUGUGGGGGGGCGACGAGGGGCGCUGGCGCGGCCCUCGAGCUGGGAACAGAGAGCCGCGGGGGUGUGAGGAACUUCUUCCAGAACCUUCCUCUGUCCUGGGCUGCGCUCUGAGCCAGGCGCUGCGUUCAUAUUAGGAAGCGACCCCCGGGUCGCGGGAUGGAAGUGUUCAUCCGCGAGGCUGUGUAACUGGAGCCGCAGGGGCCAGCGGAUCGACAGCGCGGCGGGUACCCAGGCUCAACCCGUGGAUGUUGACCGCCCCCUCGGAGAGUCCCCGAAGAUAUGGCUGAGAGCUGGCUGCGCCUCUCGGGAGCGGGGCUGGCAGAGGAGACCGGGCUGGAGGGCGGUCUGGAGGAGUCCGACACCCUGGAUGACAGCCUGACCAGCCUACAAUGGCUGCAGGAGUUCUCCAUUCUCAAUGCCAAGGCCCCCAUCCUCCCUCCGGGAGGCACUGACCCCCAUGGCUACCACCAGGUGCCAGGUUCCAUGGCUCCUGGGUCCCCCCUGGCGGCAGACCCCGCCUGCCUGGGGCAGCCGCACACACCAGGCAAGCCCACAUCGUCCUGCACGUCGAGAAGCGCGCCCCUUGGGCUGCAGGCCCCACCCCCGGACGACGUAGACUACGCCACUAACCCGCACGUGAAGCCGCCCUACUCUUAUGCCACACUCAUCUGCAUGGCCAUGCAGGCCAGCAAGGCCACCAAGAUCACCCUGUCGGCCAUCUACAAGUGGAUCACGGACAACUUCUGCUACUUCCGCCACGCUGACCCCACCUGGCAGAAUUCCAUCCGCCACAACCUGUCCCUGAACAAGUGCUUCAUCAAAGUGCCUCGAGAGAAGGAUGAACCAGGCAAGGGGGGCUUCUGGCGCAUUGACCCCCAGUAUGCAGAGCGGUUGCUAAGUGGGGCCUUCAAGAAGAGGCGGCUACCCCCAGUCCACAUCCACCCUGCCUUUGCCCGCCAGGCUACACAGGAGCCCAGGGCCACCACCUGGGCCGGGCCACUGACCGUGAACACCGAGGCCCAGCAGCUGCUGAGGGAGUUUGAGGAGGCCACAGGGGAGGCAGGCUGGGGCGCGGGCGAGGGCAGGUUUGGGCGGAAGCGCAAGCAGUCGCUGCCAAAGCGGGUGGCCAAGGUCCCAAGGGUCUCCAGCACCCUGCUGCUGACCCAGGAGGAGCAGGGCGAGCUGGAGCCCCUCAAAGGCAACUUUGACUGGGAGGCCAUCUUCGAGGCCAGCACUCUGGGUGGGGAGCUGAGCACUCUGGAAGCCCUGGAGCUGAGCCCCCCACUGAGCCCUGCCUCACACAGAGACGUGGACCUCACUGUCCAUGGCCGCCACAUCGACUGCCCUGCUACCUGGGGGCCUCCAGUGGAGCAGGCCACUGCUGACAGCCUGGACUUCGACGAGACCUUCCUGGCCACGUCCUUCCUGCAGCACCCCUGGGACGAAAACGGCAAUGGCUGCCUGCCCCCAGAACCCCUCUUCGAGGCGGGGGAUGCCACCCUGGCCGCUGACCUACAGGACUGGGCCGGCGUGGGUGCCUUCUUGUAAGAGGCCAGGCCUUGCCCUGCCUCUAGACAGUGCCCGAGUCAGGGCCCAGGACUGCUCCCCAAUACUGGCCCACGGACAUCUUACUGCCCAGGCAGGGGCUGGGCCAGGUUUCCCAAGGCUGGCUUCACACAGCCACACUGCUGCCAGCCCAGGUUGUCCUCAGACUCAAGCCCAGGAGGCUGAGAACUGGGAGCCCAGGACCAGAAGUGCUGCCUCCCCCGGCCCCCGUCAAUCCCUUCCAUACACAGUGUUUCAUGGAUCCGAGCUCCCCACUCCAGGGAUAGGCUAACGGGCCCUGCACCACGAGCACCAAGGCCUGGAAGAAUCCCAGCCAGGCUGGGAGGAACAGAAUAAGGCCCUCCCAGUGCACCCCCCCUGCUCUGCCCUCUCUCCCGCUCGAUCCCUCCUGCUUCCCCAGGUCUCUAUUCAGAGAAAGUUCCUAGGUACAACAAGCGCUAAUUAGAUGACAGUAAAUUAACCCCCGGGAGGCUCCUCCCGGCAGAGCUUCCCUAAGGGCCAGGGUGGCAAAGAACUAACUGGGGGAGGGGCACAGAGAGGAGGCUGAAGUGAUGGGGUGCAGGGUGGGGAACAGAGAUGUUCCGCAGAGCCUCUGGGGUCUGUGCCUGCCUGGCCCCAUCUAUAGGGGAAAGAAAAUUGAAGGAUGUAAAUCCCUAAUCUGGAGCCGGAUUUGAGGCUGAGAGCAGCGGGGAGUGAGGGGGUUGGGGUAGGGGCAGCCAAGCUGGGGGUGGGGGUGGGGGAGAGGGAUAGACUAAUGUGAGUAUAGCUGUAGUUAACACUUAACUGGGAGGGACCAAGCUUGCUGGAACCACCGGACCAGGAAGGGGGGCAGCCCCCUGCCCCUGCCUGAGCUUGGGGAUGGGUCUUGUGCCAUCCUGACCCCUGGGGCUACCUCCCAUAUCUACCCUCUGUGUGGGGCAAGUUAACCUUUUUCAUUGAAAGUUAUUUACAGUAAAAUUUUUUUUUAAAUAAAAUUUCUCAAAAUCUACAA